AUAAUAUAACAACAAACGACAUAAAAGACAAAUACCAAAAUCUGAAGGGAACAAGUUUGGAAGAGUGUCAGAUAUGCCCAUUUCACAUCUCAAAGAAGAAGAGAUUAGAUCCAUCGGAAACCGAACGAUUUCACCGAGAAGUGACGCAUUUGGAUCUCGAAUCAGGAAAAUGUGAAAUUCGUUACCAUUUAAGAGUUUUCUUUAUAUAUUUCGGAUUGUUCUUCUCGAUUUACAAUUUAGAAGGUUGAAGAUUACAAUCCCCUCGUUUGGCGGCGACGAGGGUUUUUCAGUGAUUAUAUAUAUGCAUAUGCGUAUAGAGAGAGAAAAAACAUUUUUUAGAUAUAGAGUGCGAGAGAGUGAGUGAUGGGAGAGCAGAAUUCAGGUUACAAGCAUUAUGUAGCAGGAUUGAUCUCAGGUGUUUCAAUGGUGAUCGUGGGGCAUCCUUUUGACACUGUGAAGGUGAAGCUUCAGAAACACAAUACUGAUGCUAAUGGAUUCAAAUACAGAAGUGGAUUUCAUUGUACAACUAGAAUACUCAAGACUGAAGGAAUAAAAGGACUUUACAGAGGUGCAACACCAUCUUUUGUUGGAAUGGCUUUUGAAAGUUCACUUCUUUUUGGUAUUUAUUCCCAAACAAAGCAAGCAUUACAGGGAGGAGAUCAUAACAGAAAGCCUGAAUCCCAUAUAAUAAUCCCUUCAGCUGCUUUUGCUGGAUCCAUUAUCAGCUUCAUAUUAUGUCCAUCAGAGUUAGUAAAGUGUAGGAUGCAAAUUCAAGGUACUGAUUCUCUGGUUCCAACCUCACGCAAAUACAGUGGUCCUCUUAAUUGUGCGAUUCAAACUGUAAAAACCGAAGGGGUUAGUGGGCUUUUUAGAGGAGGUGUGACGACUUUGAUGCGAGAAGCUAUUGGAAAUGCUGUGUUUUUUAGGAUUGGGAUCAUUAGUGGUGGUCUUAGUGGUAUCGCGUUCUGGUCUGCUGUUCUUCCGCUGGAUGUUGCAAAAACAAUAAUUCAAACUACCCCUGACAAGAACUUAACUAAAAAUCCUUUCGUGUUGUUGAGAUCGAUUUACAGGAGGUCUGGGGUGAGAGGAUGCUACACAGGGUUGGGUCCCACAGUUUCACGUGCCUUUCCUGCUAAUGCUGCUGCAAUAGUUACAUUUGAAGCAGCUUCAAAACUACUUGGAAUCACACGUGAUUGAUAAAUGCAAGAAAUAGCAACCUACUUUCUCCACUUUGAUGAUGUUUUAUUCAUCAACAUUUUUACACAAGGUUUUUCACAUAUCUUUUAUUCUCUAUCUACUUUUUAUUGUUUCUUUUAUUUAUUUAUAGAUUUUAAGGAGGGAUUCUGAUUUAGAUGUCUGCUUGAAGGCAUUGCACAUUCAUAUGAUUUAAAGAGGUCAAUGAUU